GUCCCUUUAAGAUUUCUCUUUUGACUCUUCGCGACCAUGGCACGAGAAAGAUUUCCACCUAUUGAGCACGACGGAGUACCAGUGUAGCAAAUCGCGUCUCAAAUCUGUCCAAAACUGAGAUAUAACUCGGCGGAUGGUGCUUUGGAGGCAAGGGAUGAAUCUCAAACGCUAGCAAUUCAAACACUUUUACGCGGGAGACGAUCUGGGAUGACGCAGGUUGGGUUAUUUUACGAGAUUAAGAAGUUGCCGUAGUUGUUUUCUCGUGGACGCACGGUCAACCACAACAGUAAGAAGUUUACUUAGUGCUUUCGCCGAUCGAGAAGACAAUAUCAAUAUUUAUAAACACGCGUGGGAGAAUGCCACCCGACGUCAGUGCCUUACUUUAACAUUUCGUUGAGCUUUUUUGUUCUUAAAACUACACUGCACAUUUGCACCAUCAGUUAAGAGAGAAGUUGCAUUGCAUCCGUGGGGAGGAAGCAGGUUUUUAAACCAGCAAGACGUCGUUUCGUAGCUUUCGUAGAUGACACUCAAUCACUUGAAACAUUCAGCGAUACUCAAUACGUUAUUUAAAAUGACAGAGGAUAACGAUUUGAUAGGUGCAUCGGAGUUCAUUAAAGAUCGGCUCUACUUUGCCACUUUAAGGAGCAAGCCGAAAAGCACCGCGAACACACAUUACUUCAGCACGGAUGAGGAGUUUGUGUAUGAAAAUUUUUAUGCAGAUUUCGGACCCCUCAACCUUGCUAUGCUGUACCGGUACUGCUGUAAACUCAACAAAAAGCUUAAGCUUGCAAGCUGUUCUUCUUUCGUGUGUUCAUGUUAUGGAAUAUUGAAGUCUUUCACACUGACCAGAAAGAGGAUUGUGCACUACACCAGCUUUGACCAGCGCAAAAGGGCUAACGCCGCUGUGCUCAUCGGUGCCUAUGCUGUGAUUUACCUGAAAAAAACGCCAGAAGAAGCUUACAGAGCCCUGAUAUCCGGAUCCAACGCCUCGUAUCUCCCAUUCAGGGAUGCUUCAUUUGGGAAUUGCACACACAAUUUGACUGUUCUCGACUGUUUGCAAGGCAUUAGGAAGGCCCUUCAGCACGGAUUCUUAAACUUUGAGACGUUUGAGGUCCACGAGUAUGAACAUUAUGAGCGUGUAGAGAAUGGUGAUCUGAAUUGGAUCAUCCCUGGCAAACUUCUUGCAUUCAGCGGGCCACAUCCGAAAAGUAAAGUAGAAAACGGUUAUCCCCUCCACGCGCCCGAGGCUUACUUCCCUUAUUUCCGCAAACACAACGUCACCACCAUAGUCCGUCUCAACAAGAAGAUCUAUGACGCCAAGCGUUUCACGGACGCCGGGUUUGAUCACUACGACCUGUUCUUCGUGGACGGCAGCACGCCCAGCGACGUCAUCACCCGACGCUUUCUGCACGUGUGCGAGAGCACGGAUGGGGCGGUCGCCGUGCACUGCAAAGCCGGUUUAGGCCGUACAGGCACUCUGAUUGGCUGUUACCUCAUGAAGCAUUACCGUUUCACGGCCGCAGAAGCCAUCGCCUGGAUACGCAUCUGCAGACCAGGUUCGGUCAUCGGACCCCAGCAGCAUUACCUGGAAGAGAAACAGGCGACUCUCUGGGCCCAUGGAGAUAUUCACAGAUCCAAGCAGAGGCAGCACGAGGAACGAUCUGUCCCUCACCUCAUCUCCAGUAUGGACAACCUCUCCAUGAACACCUCCAUCUUUAAAUCUAAAAGUGUGGACCGCAUGGAAGAUAACGAUUACGCAGAGAAUGACCUCGGGAUGACUCAAGGAGACAAACUGCGUGCCUUAAAGGGUCGACGGCAACCGAGGUCUGCUACGACUGGAGCUAUAAGGCUUGAAGACAUGAAACUGCACACCAGAUCCCCAUCACAGCCUCUCAGCAGGACAAAGCCGACAGUCACUGGCCAGGGCUCCGCAUCUCCCCUAAAGUCAUCCAAAGUCACAUCAUCCUCCGCUUCUGCCUCAGCCAAGCGAAUCAGCCGCACCUCCUCCUCAUCAACCACCAACCUUAAGAGCACCCGGUUAGCCAACUCUCUGGGUAACCUGUACGAACCCGACGAUGAAGCCCACAGCUCUGUGAAACAGCCCUCCUCCUCUCCGUUCACUUCCUCUUCCCACACCCUCCGUUCAGCCUACAACGGCCCCCACAAUUACCACUAUGAGGUCAACAAUAAUCAGUAUAACACAUCCAGCACCCACAAUACCAGUUUGGUGAGCCCAAGCAGUGGGGCGAAAAGUCUGACCUUCAACCUCAAUCACACCAGCACGGUGGGAUCUUCCACCCUCGGAAGGCUGGGGGCCGAGGAACAGGGGGCCCACAGGAGCCCCUCGACGGGGCUUAGCGGGCUCUCGGCACGCUACCUCAGCCGGUCCAUUCCCUCACUUCAAACUGAGUAUGUUCAAUACUAAAUCCGCGACUCUCCGCUGACCGCCUAUCUGGUUCUGACCCGGACAACCUCACUGUGACCUUCACAUCACGUCAAAGGAUACCGAUCCAGGAGGAGGUUUGAAACUUUAGUGGGUGCCUUUGACGGCCUCGGCGACUGGACUUCUAUCAUGCUAUAACAUGAUUGAACUGAUCUGGAGUCUAAAAUGAUCUGGCCAUCAACUAUUUCUUUUUUUAUCAAUGAUUUUCAUGUAUGAACACACACGGUUGUACUGAAAAAGAUGUCUAUUUUAAGAUAAAGAAUUUUGUACUCGCUAUUUUAUCUUGUGCUUGACGACAAACACGUUUUGUUUGAGAUAUUUGUGUGUCGAUUAGGGAAUCUGUUGUGACGCAAAUAUCAAGAGUCUACUUGCCGAAUAACAAGUGCGGGGGCUAUUUUUGAAAGGUGCAAAAUGGGUUCACCGCUUCAUGUCAUCUUCAAAGCAUAUUUUUUUUAGGAGAGAUUGCUAGUUUUUUAUUAUAAUCAAGUUCUGGGGGUCUAAGGUGGGCUCGUAUCCACGCAACUGCAGGCUGCUAACGAGGCGAAAAAAUGUCUCGCAUCUCGACUUAUUUUUCUAUGUACAUGAAGUGCUUUGUUUGGUAGCGGUAACAGGGUGGACUGUUAUUUUGUUCUGUUUAUUUGACAUCAUAAGCACCUUCGAUUUGCAAAGCUUAACGCAGAUUCAUGUACCAGUUUCACCAGCACCUUUGAAAUGCUCUUGACUGCUGGUUUUCAUGUGCACCUUUUUGCAAGGUGUCGUUCAUAUUAUAAACAUACAUUUUGAGAAAGUGAACUCUUUAAAUGGCGUAUUGUGUAAAUGCAACUGUAUAAUAAAACUAAACGUUUAUUCUUAAUGCACAAUGAAUGUAUUGACUAAUCUAGCGGCGUUACUACAAAGUUUUUGACUUUUGUGAAAUCUUCAAUUUUGAGGAUGUUUACAAACAGGCGAUUAUUUGUCGUACAGUGUUUGUAUUUGCUUAAGCUACGACAUUUGAAUUAUUGACUUCAAGGACGUUUCAUGAAUGGGUGAACUAACCUGUAACCUUUCUAUUUUAAUGCAUUUGCCGUUUGAUACAAUUUUAGUUUCUUGUUAAUAGCCGUAAUCUGUUUUUCAGCAUUCCAUAAGGUGUUAUGAUCUUAUGUGUAUAUACAUUUUGGGAGAAUCUUGUUUUUGAUUUGAGUAUUCUACCUCUUUGAUAUAUCUGCUGUAAACAACUCUUUUGCUUAUAUAAAAGUAUAUAUAUUUUUGACACUGUGUGUAAAAACCUAACAAUAUUACUGUAAACGAGCAUUUUGCUUUUCACAAACCUAGUAAAUGAACUUUAAAGUACAAAACAGUGGCUUGCAUGUUAUUUUAACCAUGUAAACAGGCUUUCAAAGACCGGAACCGAAUAAACACGUAUACGUGA